AUGGCAUGUCAUGGCGUGCAGGUUCCCAAUGAUGUCUUGUUCCAGCUGAUUGAUUCUCAUCCCAACAAGCAGGGUGACGAUGAUGUAAUCAAGCUAAGCGACCUGAUCCAGAGAAUCAGGCCACUGGUGAAGCCGCACUGCAAGCUUGUGUUUGUCCUUGACUGCUGCCGUUCCGCCAGUGAUGAUGCACCACCCAUGGAGACAUGGAGCCCGCCGAGCGCGUCUCGUCGAGAAGUGUUCAUCGGCUUUGCCUGCGCACCACAGAGAGCAUCCUUGGAGGACACGCAAGCAGGCAGAGGGGUCUUCACCAAGCACUUUGUCAAGUACUUGUCGACCGAAUCAAACUUUUCGGUCGCAUGGCAACGGACCAGAAACGAUGUUUUUUGCGGAGACGAGGAAAUUGCAAGAUCCAUGGUGCACCAACAACUUUUCUUCCUUGAGUACUUUUAG